AUAUAUGGAGUCUUUGAAUUCUCCCUUGAAUGAGUUGUAAUGUCUUGCUGUUUCUCUCAUUAAUAAACAAGUUAAAUCUUCAAAAAAGUAUGCAGCAAAAGUUGGGUUCUACUGUUUUAGGGGCUGCAUAAAGGGUCAUCAAAGCAGGAGCUAAAAGGGUGACGCUAAGAGAAUCAUCCUUGGGCUAAGUGGAUUUGACACCUAUGUAAAGAAGGUGCUUUUGGACUUCUAGCUCAGCCCCUCACCUGGGCUCCUGUGGGCUCUGAAAUAGUGUGAGGUUUUGGGAAGGAGACUUUGGGAGUUUGCUUUUAUUUUUACUUCUUAGCAAAUGUGUGCUCACCCAUCAAAGACAGUGCACUUCCUGGCAUUCUCUACAGGUACAAAGAUAUUUAGUAUAAGGAGGAACUUCUUUCCCCCACUAUGAAAAGUUCAGUUCAAGAGCGGUGGUCUCACACAGUUCUCAGAUCAAGGCUGCCAGAUGAAACCAGGCGAUUGAUAUAUACUGUAUGUAUAAAUAAUUAGAUAUUUUAAGAAACAAAAUAAUGUAAAAUCCUUAGGAGGCUCAGUGUAAUAUAUUUGUUUUGUGUCUAUGUACAUUUUGUUAUUUUCAUGUUCUGUUUUGAUAUCAAGGUGGUUUUCUUAAAGAAGAAACACAACAUUUAGUUGAUCUAUAAUUUUAAAAGCAUAAUGGACCUCAUAUCUACUUUUCUCUUUGAACUUUUAAAAGGUUUUUUCGGUAUCACAAUGGAAACAUGCUUUCUGAAAAGGAUAAGUGAACAAUUUUGCAAAGGGCAGAACAUAAAAGUAUAGCAAGAUGACACAUUUCACAUUUUAAAUUUUAUUAUAGGAUGUUUUGUUCCUAAUCAUCUUUGCUGUUCCACAGCUCAUUAUCACACUAGGGUAGAUAUUGUUCAUGUCCAUUUAACUUUUAUCGCUACUCUAUUUUAUCCAUAACCACUCUGGAUCUUCUAAAAACCCUUGAACCAUUACCUAGAAAUCAAUUACAACCUGCAGCUCCCUCUAUCUCUGGGCACUCAGACUCCCAGCUCCCCCCUCCUGUUCAGCCAUCUGCUCUUGGUACCUGUGUCACUCUUCACACUGCCUUUCUAUCCUCUAUCCAUCCCGCAUAUUUGGUGCAUCAGAUGAACUCCUCUCUAGCACCUUCAUCUCACUGAACUUUUCCCUCUUUCCUGUUGGAAAAAUCCAAAUGUGACAUUCCUUCUCCACUUCUUCAUCCGAGUUGCCAAACUUUGUAAGAGUAGAUGAAACUGCCGUGCAGACUGGAGACACCAAAAAUGCAUGGAUUUCCACAUUCACAGAUUUCCUAGUUGCUGUUCAGCAGUGCUUUUAUUUGUCCUCGCACUUGGUCGGCUCCUGUGUUCCCAUGAGUGACUUUGCUGUGUUUUCAUCAGUCUCUGUGGCCUCUUACACACUCACUAAACUCCUUUUUCUUUGUAGGCAACAGUGUCUCUUAACCUCAGUAUAGAGAGGCAGUUGGAUAUGUAUUGCCUUAAAUUCAUCCUUUCCACUCGCAGACGUUUCAUUCACCCAACAUACCUUCUGUCCUCUUUUCCUUCCCUCUGGCCUCAGAGAACAGCCUUGGGUCUUCCCGUUUUAAGCCAGUGCUCCUCCUGGACUCCUGAUGCUCUGCUGUGCUUUCUCUAAAACCUUGCCCGCCACACCUCUUAUUCUUUCCUGUAUUUUCACUCUUCUUUUAUUGGCUCCUCCCACUGGGCCUAUAAACUUCUUGGAAGAACAAAACAAAUCAAGCUCCUUUCCUUUGACCCUGUGUUUCUCUAUCACUGUCUUGUUUUAAGCUCAGGAGUUUGUAAGACAGUUCUACUUUGCUUUCUUCUCUCGCCUCUCCCCUCCGGCUCGUCCCAUCACUUCCUCAGCCCACUUCCUCUGGGCUUUCCCAUUCCCUUCAUGCUCUGGGAAACACCACCAGUGGCCUCUUAAUCGCUCCAUUCAUGGAAAGCUUUAUCAAUCCUUACUGUUUGCAUCCUCUGCUGAUUUCACAUUGAAACGCUGUUCUCUUGACUUCUGUGGCCAAAAUACUUUGUUCUAAUUGUUUUUUCAACCACUCCUUUUUUGCCUCUUUUUUGGGUUUCUUUUCCUCUGCUUGAUCAUAUAAAGUUGGAACUACCUCCCAUUCUGCCUUAAUUGGAGAGUAAUUAAACCAAGAGAACCAUUUGUCAAAGUUUUUAAAAUGUAUACAGUCGGGUGUCAUUCCUGGAGUAGCUGAUUCAGUAUGUCCUUCUAGAAACCUACAGGAUCAUGGCUCUGUAAUAUUCUGUCGUAUACAGGUACCAUAAUUUAACCAUUUCUUAAAUAUUCAUUCAACAAAUAUUCAUUGAGUACCUUCUAUAUCCCAGGUACUACUGAUUGUUCAGUUUUUGUCUGUCAUGAAAAGCACUCUGAUAAGUAGCAUUUGUUUCACUUCUUUCGUAGUCUCACUGGAGACUGAAUUACUCUAUUAAAAGAUGCGAUUUUCUAAGACCUUGAUACCUGUGGUCAAGUUUUUUCCAUAGAAAGCUCUAUUUUUGCUUCUACUCUAGGCUGUGGUUAAACUACUAGUUAUGUAAGAAAGUGGCUCCCGAACUCUGUACCGCUAGAAUCUGCUCUCUCUAGAUUCAUGUAUUUAAAUUGCUUUGUAUUCUCAAUAAACUUGCCUCCUUGCCUUUCCAAACCCUAAUGCCCCCCUACCCGAAUGCCCUUUACUCUGUGGAUAUAGUCACACCAUUACUGCAUGGCUAGGAAUUGCUUGUUUACUUCUCUAAGUUCCUGCAUGCUAGGUUGUUCAUCUUUGAGUAUCGUCAUUGCUGGCACACAGGAGCUAAUGAAUAUAUUCUGAGCCCACUGAACUCUGUGGAUGAAUGGUUCCAUGUUUUUGGAGUUAUUCUGUAGUUUUCCUUAUGAUCUGGAAGUUUGCAGUUUAGAACUUAAUAGCUAGUAUUUUCUUAAAAAGAUAAUUUAGCACAUUGUUAGGUUUUAUUGAAUUUAAAUAAUAUAGUUUAUGUUAAGAUAUGUAUUUAUGAUAGGUACUUUAGUAAUUGGAGAAAAUAGAAAUAGUAAAAUGAAAACUCUCUGUUAAUGUACUACCCCCAGAUAUCCAGUUGGGCCUUCCUCGUAGACAUAUGAGUAUAUAUGUUUGUCGUGUGUGUGUGUGUGUCUGUGUACAUUUCUGCACAUUCAUCUUCAGGGCACAAAGUGUUUAAAAUCAGAUCUUUUUUUACUUAAUAUGUUUAGCAUUUUUCAUCAAUAAGUAUUUUUAAAAAAUACAUUUAAUGGCUAAACAAUAUUCUUUUGUAUAGAAAUAUUUAAGUAUUUGUUUAACCAGCUCCAUAUUGUUUUGUAUAUAGAAUUCCUGCCAAGUUAUUAUUAAUAAAAAUGCUGCAGUAAUACCGCAAUAGCAGUUCAUUUAUUGGACAACUAUGGGUCAAGGGUCUAGUGACCCUGGCAACUAUGCACUCUGUUGAGUAAGAUACAGUUUGGUGUGGAAAGCAAGCAGGCAGACUCCAGAAUAUGCUGUGAGGACCAUUGCUGCUCUAGGGGUGAGAAAAGAGUGUGGGGGCACAGUGGAGUUUGCGGGAGGUGUCAGGGAAGGCUCCCUACCGGAGCUGCGGGGGGUCAGGCAACAUGGUUGGUGAGUAUAAUGAAGAAUAUCCUUUCCUAUUUAAUACUAAGGGUUUUUUGAAACAUUAAAGAUAAUGUGAUUUAAUCAAGUUCAUCUGGGACAUUAUUUAACUUAUCUUUACUCCCCUUCCUUGUCCUGUUGCUGUGAUAAAUUAUAAUAUGUUGCUUCUGAAUAUUGAAAUAGCUUUGCUUCUUAUUUUCUGUGAACGUGCUUCUUGAUAUAGAUUGUUAAUGCUGUGUUCAUGUGUGGUGUUGGUUUUUCUGCCCCUCUGGCUGGGUUUGGUAUCUGAGGCGUGGCAGUUGUAUAAAAUGAUGUAGGAUGCCUUCUGUGUUAUCCUGGGCUCUGGAGCAGUUUAGGACAUGCAUUAUUCUUUAAAAUUUGAAAGAAGUCGAUAAUAAAAUUCUCUGGAUCUGGAACCUUUUUAAAAAGCAAAUUAAUGUGUAAUGCUGUGGCAACUUUCUCAGCUUUAUCAGUGCCGGUUAUUCUGAUCAAGCUUUCCUCAUUCUGGAUCAGUUUGGGUGAUGGUAUGUUUUUCUAGGAUUUUAGCACAGAGUUGAGUCGUUGCUUUCUUUUUCAUUUACUGCAGGCAGUGUUUUUGUUUGAAAUACUGCUAGUCUAGACUAUCAUUUUCAGCAUUAUAACUGUGUGUCAUCUUCCUCAGAGAAAGGUAAGUUCAGACAUAUUCAAGAUGUGAAACUUGUAGGUUAAAGUGGGUUGCUUAUACAGGUGGGUUUACUUAGUUUACUUAGUAAACUAAGGACUUUUUUAAGUGAAGACUAGAAUAAUCUUCACUUAGAAGAGCAUGUAUAAGUGAUUGUGUGUGCUGAAUACAAUUUUAAUUUUAUGCCAUUGUCAUUUAGUGCUGUUGAAAUACCAGUUACAGUUCACAGUAAGAAUAAGGCGCUUGCAUUGGCGUAUAAUGAGAGGAAGUAGGAAUUAUGCUUUAUUCAGUAGUAAAAAUAGUACAGUUACAUAUGGUGAUCUUUUUUCAAUCAGAUGGUACAUCUUUCAGUAAACAGAGGUGCCUUUUGCAGUUCAUUAGGAUCUACUUCAUAAAAUGUUAGCAGUGUGGGUUUAUAAGGCUGAAUAUGUACAGGUGCUAGCGCAGAAGCUAUAUGGUGCUGCCCAGCGGAACAGCGAGAGAGAAGGGUGAGCUAACAGAGUGAGACGUGAUUCAGACCUCUUCUAAAUUUAAGGGAGUAAUAGUUGACUCCAGUGCUUUUAGUAUACUGAUAUAGCUUCCCAAAUGUUGAAAUCAUUUAUAACGUUAAAGAUGCUAACAUGCUCAAUUCUUAAGCCAAACCACCCAGUGCCAGUUUUCAGUUUGUGUGUAGGUGCUUUAGGUUCUGUGUCACUUGGCAAGUUAUUGUCCUGUCAGUGUUUCUGUGAUCGGUAAACCACUCAGCUCCAUCUAAUUGCUAUUAUUACUAAUGAUCACAAGCUAUGCAGCUAUAGAGAAACAGUUCUGUGGGCUCUAUGCACAAUGUUUACUGGUGGUGCAGAGGACAGAGUGAUGAGCUUUGGACAAGGAUGUUGGGGAAGUUUGCCCAGAGAAGCCCCAUCUUGAAAGGAUGCCGCAUAGAGAAGAGACGGUGUGGGAGGUGCCUUCAGAGAAGAGGACAGAGUGCUAUUAAGUCCCAGGCUCUGGUUGAGCCUGGACUUGACUGUGGCUGAUCUUGAAGAGAGAAUGGAGUGGCAAAGGGCAAAGAGACAAAAUUGAAGAAGCACAAAAAGAACUUAAUGGGGCAGAAGUUUCAAAAAAAGAAAUCUUAGAGGCCGGUGUUAAAGGAACUUCGGAAUCCCUUAAAGGUGUGAAACGCAAAAAGAUAGUAGCUGAGAAUCACCUGAAAAAAAUACCAAAAUCCCCACUGAGAAAUCCUCUUCAGGCAAAACAAAAACAAAAUACAGAAGAGUCAUCUUUCACCGUUCUUCAUAGUGCUUCAGAGUCUCAGAAGAAACAGAAUUAUAUUCCUGUAAAAAAUGGGAAGCAGUUUACCAAACAAAAUGGAGAAACACCCGGAAUAAUUGCUGACGCCUCAAAGUCCGAAGAAUCAGCCUCCCCAAAGAAGCCCUUGUUUCUGCAGCAUUCAUCUGAACUGCGUAGAUGGAGAUCCGAAGGCACUGACCCUGCCAAAUUCAGUGUCCUCGGUGAACAAUGUGACUCCAGUUCCUUGUCAAGUAAAAGCAGAACUGACAAUAGUGAAUGCAUCUCUUCUUGUGGCACUACAUCCCUCUCCUAUACAAACACCGCAUUUGAUGUCUUACUGAAAGCAAUGGAGCCAGAACUGAGCACCUUGUCACAAAAGGGCUCAUCUUGUGCAAUUAAGACAGAAAAACUGAGGCCAAAUAAGACUGCACGAUCCCCUUCCAAAUUAAAAAACAGUUCAAUGGAUGCCCCAAAUCAAACUUCACAGGAACUGGUUGCUGAAUCACAGUCGUGUACCUCUUAUACAGUCCAUAUGUCUGCUGCUCAGAAGAACGAGCAAGGGACAGUUCAGUCAGCUUCUCAUUUGUAUCAACAUGAACACUUUGUUCCCAAAUCUAACCAACAUAAUCAGCAGCUUCCAGGGUGUUCAGGUUUCACAGGAUCACUGAUGAAUCUGCAAAAUCAAGAGAAUGCCAAACUUGAACAGGUUUAUAAUAUAGCAGUGACAUCAUCUGUAGGCCUAGCCUCAUCUUCCAGUAGAUCUCAGGUUACUCCCCAAAACCAGCAAAUGGAUUCUGCUUCACCUUUGUCAAUAAGUCCAGCCAAUUCUACACAGUCGCCCCCCACGCCAAUCUAUAAUUCAACCCAUGUUGCCUCUGUUGUUAAUCAAAGUGUAGAGCAAAUGUGCAAUCUCCUUCUGAAAGAUCAGAAGCCAAAAAAACAAGGAAAAUAUAUUUGUGAGUAUUGCAAUAGAGCAUGUGCAAAGCCUAGUGUGCUUUUAAAGCAUAUCCGUUCCCACACUGGAGAGCGACCCUAUCCCUGUGUGACUUGUGGAUUUUCAUUUAAGACUAAAAGUAAUCUGUAUAAGCACAAGAAAUCCCACGCACAUACUAUCAAACUGGGUCUUGUCUUGCAGCCAGAUGCUGGUGGCUUGUUCUUGUCCCACGAGUCCCCCAAAGCACUUAGCAUUCAUUCAGACAUAGAGGACAGUGGGGAGAGCGAGGAGGAAGGCACCACUGAUGAGAGACAGCAUGACCUGGGCUCCAUGGAGCUGCAGCCUGUGCACAUAAUAAAGAGGACGUCAAAUGCUGAAACUUUACUAAAAAAAUCAGGCUUCACUCCAAGCAAUCCAGAAAAUGUGGUAGGUGACUUUUUGCUACAGGACAAAUCUUCAGAAUUACAAGCUGUGACAGAGUUACCGAAAGUUGUGGUCCACCCUGUCACUGUGUCCCCCUUAAGAACUGACAGUCCAAAGGCCGUGGAUCCCAAGGCUGAACUUUCUAGCGCACAAAAGCAGAAGGACCCUCAGUUGAUAAACGUACAGUCACUUUCAGCCAACGUGUCCCAGGGUGGCAUCUCCAGGUUGGAGACUAAUGAGAAGCCCAACCAGAAAGGGGACACGAGUCUACUGGAAGGAAAGCAAGACUCUCACGUAGGAGCAGUACACGCUCAGCUACAAAGGCAGCAGGCUACGGAUUACUCCCAAGAGCAGCAAGGAAAGCUCCUGAGUCCUCGAAGUUUAGGAAGUACGGAUUCUGGUUACUUUUCACGUUCUGAAAGUGCCGAUCAAACAGUGAGUCCACCGACUCCCUUUGCCAGAACGUUACCCAGCACAGAACAAGACUCAGUAAGGAGCAACGGACCCUCUGCAGCUCGUGUCAGCACGUCAUCAGCACCCUCUGCUCUGCCCACAGGGGAGAAGGCAUUGCUUUUACCAGGUCAGAUGCGCCCACCCUUGGCCACAAAAACACUUGAGGAGCGGAUAUCAAAGCUUAUCUCAGACAAUGAAGCCUUGGUAGAUGACAAACAACUGGAUAGUGUGAAGCCGCGGAGAACUUCACUCUCAAGACGAGGAAGCAUUGAUUCCCCUAAAUCAUACAUAUUUAAAGAUUCGUUUCAGUUUGAUUUAAAACCAGUAGGACGGAGAACAAGUUCAAGCUCUGAUAUACCGAAGUCCCCUUUCACCCCUACUGAAAAAUCAAAGCAAGUGUUUCUUCUGUCUGUACCGUCACUUGACUGUUUACCUAUCACAAGAAGUAAUUCCAUGCCGACUACAGGUUAUUCAGCAGUACCUGCAAAUAUAAUACCUCCUCCUCAUCCACUAAGAGGAAGUCAGUCAUUUGAUGACAAAAUUGGCGCUUUCUAUGACGACGUGUUUGUAUCAGGACCUAACACUCCUGUGCCCCAGAGUGGACAUCCCCGUACACUUGUUAGACAAGCAGCCAUAGAAGACUCUUCAGCAAAUGAAAGUCAUGUUCUCGGUACUGGGCAGUCCCUGGAUGAGAGCCACCAAGGAUGCCAUGCCUCUGGUGAAAUUGUGUCUGCGCGGAGCAAGGCAUUGGCACAAGGCCCACAUACAGAAAAAAAGAAAUCUCACCAAGGGCGAGGGACAAUGUUUGAGUGUGAAACUUGUAGAAACAGGUAUAGGAAACUGGAAAAUUUUGAAAAUCAUAAGAAAUUUUACUGUUCUGAGUUACACGGACCAAAAACAAAGGUAGGCGUGAGAGAACCUGAGCACGCCCCUGUGCCUGGCGGUCCGCAGCCGCAGAUUCUGCACUACAGAGUGGCCGGGUCCACCGGCGUCUGGGAACAGACGCCCCAGAUUAGAAAAAGGAGGAAAAUGAAAAGUGUUGGGGACGAUGAUGAACUUCAGCAAAAUGAAAGUGGAACUUCUCCAAAAAGCUCCGAAGGCCUUCGGUUUCAGAAUGCUCUGGGCUCUGCUCCCAGUUUGUCUAAACAUACUGUUACCAUAAGAAGUGACCAGCAGCAUAAAAAUACACAGUUGCAAAACUCCCAAAUUCAGCUUGUUGCCAGGGGCCCUGAGCAGACCAUGGAUCCCAAGCUAUCAACCAUCAUGGAGCAGCAGAUAAGUUCGGCAGCCCAGGACAAGACAGAACUGCAGAGACACAGGACUGGAAUCUCUGUCAUCCAGCACACCAACUCCCUGAGCAGGCCCAACUCCUUCGACAAGCCUGAGCCUUUUGAAAGAGCCUCCCCAGUGUCCUUCCAGGAGCUGAAUAGAACAGGGAAGCCCGGGUCUCUGAAAGUGAUAGGACUCUCCCAAGAGGAGGGUCACCCUUCUCGGGAUGGAUCUCAUCCUCACCAGCUUGCACCGUCAGAUGUCUUCAGAGGAGAACUUCAGGAAAGCUCCAGAAAGAGUCCAAGUGAACGACCUGUGUUAGGACAGCCCUCAAGACUUGUCCGGCAGCACAAUAUCCAAGUUCCAGAGAUUUUGGUCACAGAAGAACCGGAUCGGGACUUGGAAGCUCAAGGCUACGAUCAAGAAAAGUCCGAGAAGUUCAGUUGGCCCCAGCGGAGUGAAACCUUAUCAAAAUUGCCAACAGAGAAACUGCCACCCAAAAAGAAAAGGCUGCGUCUGGCUGAGAUAGAACAUUCCUCAACAGAAUCGAGCUUUGAUUCCACUCUCUCCAGGAGUCUAAGUAGGGAGAGCAGCUUAUCACACACUUCAAGUUUCUCAGCCUCUUUAGACAUAGAGGACAUUUCUAAAACGGAGGCUUCCCCCAAAGUCGAUUUUCUAAAUAAAGCUGAGUUUCUUGUGAUCCCAGCUGGCUUGAAUACGCUGAAUGUUCCUGGAAGUCACCGGGAAAUGAGACGUGCUGCAUCAGAACAGAUAAAUUGCACGCAGAUGUCAAUGGAGGUCUCUGAUCUCAGAAGCAAAUCAUUCGAUUGUGGAAGCAUCACCCCACCCCAGACGACACCACUUACUGAAUCACAGCCUCCGUCUUCACCUUCUCGAAUGGGAGUGGCUGGGCACGUGCCUCUCUUAGAAAGAAGGAGAGGCCCACUGGUCCGGCAGAUAUCUUUAAACAUAGCUCCUGAUAGUCACCUGUCUCCCAUAAACCCAACGUCUUUCCAAAAUAUUGCUCUUCCCAGUGUGAACGCAGUGCCAUAUCAGGGGCCUCAGGUCACCAGUACAUCUUUAGCUGAGUUUUCCGCACAUAAUUUGCACUCUCAGACUCAAGUUAAGGAUCUGCAGGCAGAAACGUCAAACUCCAGCUCUACCAGCAUCUUUCCUGUUCAACAGCUUUGUGAUAUCAAUUUGUUAAAUCAAAUGCACACACCCCUUAGCCACCAGAGCACACAGCAGUCUCCGCAAGUGUCUACGCAGGGUGGCAAACCAGAUGCCAGUUCCGCUUUAUCUGGGUCUUCUAAAAGUGAGGAUUGCUUUGCUCCCAAAUAUCAAUUGCAUUGUCAGGUUUUCACUUCAGGCCCAUCUUGCUCUUCUAAUCCUGCUCAUUCUUUGCCAAAUCAAGUUAUUUCAGAUCCAGUGGCAACAGAUCGUUGUGUGACAUCAGCGGCGUUACCAACCAAAUUAAUUGAUACCAUAUCUAACUCGCAUCCUCUGAUACCACCAGAGCUCAGGCCCCUUGGAAGUCAGGUGCAGAAGGUGCCGUCGUCAUUCGUGCUGCCUGUACGUCUGCAGAGUAAUGUUCCUGCUUACUGUUUUGCUACACUCACGUCCCUACCACAAAUACUAGUGACCCAGGAUCUGUCCAGUCAGCCAAUUUGCCAGGCUAAUCAUAGUGUAGUGCCAAUCAGUGAAGAGCAAAACUCUGUGCCAACAUUACAAAAAGGUCAUCAUAAUGCUUUGCCAAACCCAGAGAAGGAAUUCGUUUGUGAAAAUGUUCUUUCAGAGAGGGUCCAAAAUUCUUCUCUCUCGGAAUCCUCACCCAUAAUUCAGAAGAUAUCCGUUGGUCGACUUUCCCCUCAGCAAGAAUCUUCAGCUUCGAGUAAAAGGAUGCUUUCCCCAGCAAAUAGUUUAGACAUUGCCAUGGAAAAGCACCAGAAGCGGGCCAAAGAUGAAAAUGGAGCUGUUUGUGCAGCAGAUGUGAGACCUUCAGAGCCUUUGGGUUCGAGAGCUAAUGAACCUAGUAAACAGAAGAAACCUGUUUUAGUGAGGCAGGUUUGUACUACAGAGCCCCUGGACAGUGUGAUACUGGAAAAGGAUAUUUUUUCUCAACCUGAAAUUAGUAGUGAGGCUGUUAAUUUGACAAAUGUUUUACCAGCUGAUAAUUCGUUAUCAGAAUGCUCUAAGUUUGUCGUUAUAGAACCUAUAAGUGAAUUGCAGGAAUUUGAAAACAUCAAGUCAUCCACAUCAUUAACUCUUACAGUUCGAAAUUCACCUGUCCCUUCAGAAAAUACUCUUAUUUCUCCUUUGAAAUGUACAGACAACAACCAAGAAGGGAAGUCUCCAGGGGUUAAAAAUCAAGGUGACAAAGUGAACAUCCAAGAGCAAAGUCAACAGCCGGUCACUUCUCUUUCAUUGUUGAACAUCAGGGACACCCAGCAGCUGGCUUUCCCUAGCCUGAAGACUACAACCAACUUUACAUGGUGUUAUCUCUUAAGGCAGAAGUCGUUGCAUUUGCCGCAGAAGGACCAGAAAACUUCAGCCUAUACUGAUUGGACAGUAAGCUCCAGUAAUCCAAAUCCACUUGGUUUGCCCACAAAAGUUGCACUUUCUCUCCUUAAUUCAAAACAGAACACUGGAAAAUCACUGUAUUCUCAAGCAAUAACUACCCAUUCCAAGUCAGAUUUGUUGGUCUAUUCAAGCAAGUGGCAAAGCAACUUAAGCAAGAGAGCAUUAGGUAAUCAAAAAUCCACAGUAGUUGAAUUCAGCAAUAAAGAUGCCUCUGAAAUUAACAGUGAGCAAGAUAAAGAAAAUUCCUUAAUCAAAAGUGAACCAAGAAGAAUUAAAAUAUUUGAUGGAGGAUAUAAGUCAAAUGAAGAGUAUGUGUAUGUCCGAGGCAGGGGAAGAGGAAAAUACAUUUGUGAAGAAUGUGGAAUACGUUGUAAGAAACCUAGCAUGUUAAAGAAACACAUACGAACCCAUACAGAUGUCCGCCCCUACCACUGCACUUACUGUAACUUCUCCUUUAAGACUAAAGGAAAUCUGACAAAACACAUGAAGUCCAAGGCGCAUAGCAAGAAAUGUGUGGAUUUAGGCAUCUCAGUAGGUUUAAUAGAUGAACAGGAUACAGAAGAAUCGGAUGAAAAACAGAGAUUCAGCUAUGAGCGGUCUGGAUAUGAUCUUGAAGAAUCUGAUGGCCCAGAUGAGGACGACAAUGAAAACGAAGACGAUGACGAGGACAGCCAAGCUGAAUCAGUCCUGUCGGCUGCACCCUCGGUCACAGCCAGCCCGCAGCACCUCCCAUCUAGAAGCAGCCUUCAGGACUCUGUGAGUGCUGAUGAGGACAGCAGGAUCACCGAUUGCUUUUCUGGGGUACACACGGACCCAAUGGAUGUUCUGCCCAGGGCGUUGCUCACCAAAAUGACCGUACUGAGCACAGCACAGUCUGACUACAGUAGGAAGACACUCUCUCCAGGGAAGGCCAGGCAGCGCACCGCAAGAGAUGAAAAUGACACGAUUCCAUCUGUAGACGCUUCCAGGUCCCCUGAAGCUGCCCCCAGGUCCCCAUGUCAUCAGAUGUCUGUGGACUACCCGGAAUCUGAAGAAAUUCUGAGAAGUUCUGUAGCAGGAAAAGCUAUUGCUGUAACACAGAGCCCAUCAUCUGUAAGACUUCCUCCUGCUGCCACGGAGCACAGCGCCCAGACAGCAGCGGGGAUGCCUUCUGUGGCCUCGCCGCAUCCGGACCCUCAAGAACAGAAGCAGCAAAUAACUCUACAGCCGACUCCAGGCUUGCCUUCUCCCCAGACUCAUUUGUUUAGCCACCUUCCUUUGCAUUCCCAGCAGCAAUCAAGGACACCUUAUAAUAUGGUUCCAGUCGGGGGGAUCCAUGUGGUACCCGCUGGCCUCACCUACUCCACGUUUGUGCCCCUUCCGGCUGGACCAGUGCAGCUCACGAUCCCUGCUGUCAGUGUCGUCCACAGAACUUUGGGUACUCCCAGGGAUACGGUCACAGAAGUGUCUGGCACUACAAACCCGGCUGGAGUGGCUGAAUUAAGCAGCGUUGUGCCAUGUAUUCCUAUCGGCCAAAUCCGCGUGCCAGGCCUUCAGAACCUGAGUACCCCAGGCUUGCAGUCGCUCCCCUCGUUAAGCAUGGAAACUGUCAAUAUUGUAGGCCUAGCCAACAGCAAUCUGGCCCCGCAAGUCCAUCCACCGGGACUGGCUUUGAAUGCCGUCGGACUGCAGGUUCUGACGGCAAACCCUUCCCCACAAAGCAGCCCCGCCCCUCAGGCACACAUUCCAGGUCUCCAGAUCUUGAACAUAGCAUUGCCCACCUUAAUCCCCUCGGUCAGUCAAGUAACCGUGGAUGCACAGGGAGCUCCUGAAAUGCCAGCUUCCCAAAGCAAAGCGUGUGAGACACAACCCAAGCAGACUUCUGUAGCUGGUGCAAACCAGGUCGGCAGGACCGAGUCUCCUCAGGGGUCACCUCAAGUCCAGCGGGAAAAUGCAAAAAAAGUUCUGAAUCCACCUGCCCCCGCAGGUGACCAGGCAAGGCUUGAUGGCCCAAGUCAAAUGGACACAGAGAAGGCUGCCUCGGCAGAUCACGUGAAGCCCAAGCCUGAACUCACUUCCAUACAGGGCCAGCCAGCGUCUGCGUCACAGCCUCUGCUGAAGGCACAAGCUGAAGUUUCUGCAAAGACCUCAGGCCAGCAGACCCUCUCUCCAGACAGGCAGGUGCCCAGGCCCACAGCACUGCCCCGGAGGCAGCCCACCGUGCAUUUCAGUGACGUGAGCAGUGAUGAUGACGAGGACAGGCUUGUGAUAGCAACCUAAUGGGUUUUAUUUUUUAUUGCUUUUUUUUAAGUAACACUUAAAGGUUUCUUUGAAAACCCUCUUUCCUUAAAGCACAUUUUUCUGACAUAAACUCAUGACUAAUCUUUGUGCAGUCAUGAACUUUUGACCAAUAAUUGUUGUUUUGUGUCAGCUCCAGCCAUUUUUGUACAUGUUGUAUAGACAAUCGUGCCUUUUAGGAGCUUUAUGUUUAGAAACUGUACAGAUUGUUGAAUAUCUAUAUACAUAAAAAUAUAUAUGUACAUGAAAACCAGGUAGUUAUUUGUGUUUAGUAAGGAAAACCUGUCAAAUAAAUCAAAUGAUUAAAUUAUAUGUUCCACUGUUGAAUAUAAAUUUUAUGGCUAUGGGGCAGAGUUUCUGUGUAUAAAUUAGUAUGUAAACUCCAUAUUUAUUGUAUUCAUCUUAGUCUUUGAAAAUGGGUCUGUCCUCCUUGUGUAAGACAGUAACUUUACACUUCGGAUUUUCUGUGUUAUGAAAUGUUCCAGUAAAAUAUUGUUUACUGACUUUA